GAGUUUCCCGGCAGGUUGCGGGUCGGGUCUAAAAUUUCCGCCGAAUAGGCAAAACCCUUGAUACUCUGCUCAGGGUUUAUCAAUUCUCACCGUCGCCAAUUCAGCUGUCAUUGUUCAUACCUUCUUUCCACUACAAAUCUGCUUAUUUCUUAAAGCUCAAGGGAGAUAUAGAAGUAUAAAGAAGAAAGAGGAUGGCGAACAAAAGGCAGAGAGAAGCUCGAAAGCGGUUCAAGGAAGCUCAUCCGGAGCAGUUCCCUGAGCCAGAACCGACCGCGCCAAAAGACCCCGAUAAGAAGAAGAAGAAGAAGAAAAAGAGCAACUUCAAGCGCAAAAGAUCCGAUUCUGAUGAUGUUGGAGAACCGAAUAGCAAGAAAUUCAGGACAUCAACGCAUAAAAAGCAUCCUCUUAGAGUUCCCGGAAUGAAACCUGGCGAAAGCUGUUUCAUUUGUAGAGAUAAAGACCACAUAUCCAAAAAUUGCCCCCAAAAAGCUUCCUGGGAGAGAAAUAAGAUAUGUUUGCUUUGUCGGAGACGUGGCCACAGUCUCAAGAACUGCCCUGACAAGAAUGAUGAAUCUAUGGAUCAGAAAUUGUGUUAUAAUUGUGGCGAAACAGGGCAUUCUUUGGCAAAGUGUCCCAAGCCAUUGCAGGAAGGUGGGACAAAGUUUGCCAGUUGCUUUAUUUGCAAAGAACACGGGCACUUGAGUAAGAACUGCCCGAAAAACACCAAUGGGAUCUAUUGGAAGGGUGGUAGUUGCAAAAUUUGUGGUGGUGUUACACAUUUGGCCAAAGAUUGUCCUAACAAGAAUAGCAGAGCUUCCAAGGCAACCGAUGCUUCCAAUAAAAGAUGUAAGCAAUCUAGUACUUCAUCCGCGAAUUCAGCGUCUGGAAUCCUGGUGGACGACGCGUGUAAGCUGAAGUUUUUGGAAUUAAAGUCGAAGAGAAACCACAGAUACAUACUGUUCAGGAUUGAUGAUCAACAGGUGGUGGUGGACAAGGUGGGCGGCCAUGAAGAAAGCUACGCCGAUUUCACCAGCGCUCUCCCGAGAGACGAGUGCCGCUACGCGGUUUAUGAUUUCGAUUUCACCACCGACGAGAAUUGCCAGAAAAGCAAGAUUUUCUUCAUCGCCUGGUCGCCGGAAACAUCAAAGGUGAGGAUGAAGAUGGUGUAUGCGAGCUCCAAGGAUCGGUUCAAGACAGAACUAGAUGGGAUUCAAUUUGAACUUCAGGCCACUGAUCCUAGCGAAAUGAGCCUUGACACCAUUAAAGCUCGAUGUCUCUGAUCUAAAUCCUCAGCUCCCUCAUCAUUUCUGCAUCUAUCUAUCUAUCUAUCAAUCCCCAUUUUUUCCCUUCUUAAUUAAUUACAUUAUAUUAUUGUUGUAAUGUUGUUCCCUUCUUGAUUAGCUUCUUGUCUUUCCCUUUUUAAGUU